UCUAUCUGGAAACAAUGAGGGUGAGUCAAACCAUCAACAUGCUCUCUUAGAAGAAACAGAAUGUAGAGGUAAAGUUUUUACUUAAAAUGUUUUUCAAAUUUUAGGAUGAAUUUAUGUGAAUUUAUAACUUGUGAAUGCAUUUACUAUUAGCAUCAUCUCCACCACCUAAAAAGCCAAGACGUCCAACAUUGAUGUCCCACAUAUGGGAGUUGGAAAAAGGUGUCAAGGUCAACGUCAUAUUUGAUGCAAAUUGUCACCCAGUUGCUAUAAGGAAUGGAGGGGAUAUGCCUCAAAUUUAUAAGGAUGACAUGUGGAAGAUUAUUGAGUCCAAGUUCCUUAUUGAGGAAAGCCGCAAAGAGCAAAUCAAGAGUUGGAUUAUGACCGAUGUAAAUGAAAAAUGGAAAAGCUAUAAAAAUGAGUUAAAAAGUGCAGGAUUUGAUCUAUUGCUUAUAGUCGAUGAAAUGUAUGAAAAAAUUAAUGAUCCUCUAGUUGAUAAGGAGCAAUUUGAGGAAAGCUUUGCUGAUGGGAGAAAGCCAUCAAGGGUUGAACUCUACAUUCAAAGCCAAACAAAAAAAGAUGGGGGACCUGUAAGUGAAAAGGCAAGUCAAGUGAUGGGAUUUGACAAGAAAGGGAGAGUUCACUACUUAGGGAAGGUCCCAAAUUUGAAAAAAUCUGUCCCUUCCACAUCUACAGACAACAACGUUGAGCAAAGGUUAAGCGAGGUGGUGAGUAUGUUGAGUGGAUUAAUGCAACUAAUAAAGGCAAGAUUCCCUGAUGAGAAUAUCACAGAUAUUCUACAAGCUACCAACCAAUUAGCUUAUGCCAAUAGAUUGGAUAGAGAGGUUCUGGAUGCUAAUAGUAGGCAAGGCUUUUCUCUGAAUAAUCGUUUCUCUUCACAUUCAAGCCAUCACCUUUUGUCUCACCAAAAUGAAAGUAAUGAAGAAAAUGAUGAGCAAAGGAAUUGAAAGGAAUUGAAAGGCAUGUUUGUAUCUCCUUGCUAGACUGUUUUAAGACUUAUGAACUUAGCUUGACAUGUCCAUUUUCUUUUGGACAACUUAACAACUUUUGAUAUGAAAUACAAGGUAUUUUUUUAGAAUGUUAAUAGUCUUGAAGUUGUGUGUUGAUCUUUGAUGCUUAUUGAAAUUUAAUCAACUUUGGUUGCUUAUAUUAUUGUGGAAUUGGUUGCUACACUUGAAUUAACAAUAUGAAUAGUCUGUUUUAAUUGCUUGAGAUUCCUAGACAUAGAUUUGUCAAGUUCUGCCAACUGUAGUUUUACUUUUGUUUUGAGCCUUUAAUUCUAUUUGAAUGUUUACUUCUAAUUUUAUUGUCUCAAUUGUUGGAGCAUAGGUGGGGAUUAGCACUUUUUGUUCUUGUUAGUUUAAAGGUUUGAUUGGGAGAAAGGUUUGAUUGGGAGAAAAGUUAGAAGGAAGGAAGAUCUGAAUAGAAGUAAGAGCUUUUUGGAUGAAAGGUUGAAAGCCUUUUGGUUUAAAUAGAAACUUCCUUUUGUA